CUUCACUUCCCAUACAUUUUCCUCAUCCUUACUUCUAUUUUCUAUCCCCCUUCCCGGUCCCCGUAUGUGGGAGCAAGUUCUCUACCCAGAGCUACCAGGUAUCCUUGCAUAUUUCCCUUUCGCCUGUCGUCUGGCCGCUUUCACACUUUUUACACCACUUGGCGUGUGUAUCAUCCUUGAUAUCGUCGCUUACGCCAUCGCUCGAACACUCCAUUUGACAAUUACCCCACGCCGUGUCCCACGUUCACCUCCAACCCUCACAUCUCAAAUUCUCGUUGAAGCAGUACCUGUGACAGAGGCAGACUCUGAUUCAUCGUCCUCGGCCUCUUCAUCAUCCUGACAUAUACUGCAGCUCGCUAGAAGAUGACGACCCCCACCGCUGUUACUCUUGUUGGAGCGACUGGUCUUACCGGCUCGCAUUCCCUCAACUGCCUCCUCACCUCUCCUCAUGCCUUCUCUAUCAACGCUCUCACUCGUCGUCCGCUUUCCGACACUCCAUCAGCGGUCAAUCCUCUCACCAAGCUCACCACUCGAAUCUACAACUCACUCUUUGAUGCUCCCACCGAUAAGGAUGCUCUUGUGCAACAGGGCGGUAUUUAUGUAUCCUGUCUUGGUACGACCCGGGCCGACGCCGGUGGAACUGCGGAGCAGGAAAAGGUGGAUUUGGGUUUGAACAAGGAUUUGGCUACUCGUGCUAAAAAGGAUGGCGCAAGUACUUUGAUCCUCGUUUCAAGUCUUGGGGCCGCCUCUUCCUCUUACUUUUUCUACCCACGCAUCAAAGGUCAGCUCGAAGAUGCUGUGAAAGCCCUUGACUUUGAUCACACCGUCAUCCUUCAGCCCGCUGUCUUGCUUGGCGACAGGGCGGAGUCGAGAGGAAUUUCAGAGAUUGUUUUGAAAGGUGUGAUCAGGGGGAUCAGGAAGGUUGGGCUGCCAGUGGAUAGUCUGGCUGUCGAAGGCGCUGAUAUUGGUGCCUGUAUCGCACAUCUUGCUGCCAACCCUCCGAGCGAGAAGGUUUUGACCAUUGGCGACCACGAAAUUAUCGCUUACGCUAAGCAGUACCGCGCUGCGCAGGCUCAAAGCUCAAAGUAAUUGAAGAAACCUCUCCCUGCAGAUUUAAUUUCAUUCAAAGAUAUAGGUUUAGAGUGUAAACGAAAAUGUGUACAGUAAUUAAUUGUUCAAGGAAAAGAAGAAGGAGAAGGUGGUUCGUGUUCUGUUUAUUAGAUAUUUUUUUUUUUCCUUUAUUCCCACCCUCAAACUUGGAUGUUCAAGAGAGAGAUUUCCUACAAGAUGAGGAUCCUCCGUGCUGAUGCAUGCUGUGUUGUAUAAUGCCCAGUCACUGAACAAAGAAGUUGAU